AUGAAUAGAAAUGCAAAUCAAUACAGUGAACUUUUCUAUCAUUGUGUACAAGUAUUAAAUGACUAUACAGAAAAUGUAUCAGAAGAAAUCUUUUUAGACGAAUAUUUUCAAGCAAAUAAAGUUCCAAAUGAAGCAUUUGUAUCAACAGUUCUAUUCGAUUGUAUUCGACAUUCAACAUUACUUAAAACUAUAACUGAUAUUUUUUAUGGCACAGAUGGAGUUUAUAUUCGAAAAUCAGAAAAAAAUAUUUACAAAGUUCUGUCUUACCUUAUCUUUUUCCAACUUGAUACAAUUCAAUUUAAAUUAUUACGUGGUUUUAUUAAUUCUGUUCAUUUGAAUCGAGUACAUCAGUUUCUAAAAUUUCUUAUCAAUGAAAAACAUCUUGAAACAAUUGAAAAACAAUGUAUGAAAGUGUACGACGAAGAAUAUAUGAAUGGAAAAAUUGGUGGAGUUAUCAAAACAUAUCUACCAGAUUUACGUGGUAUUUUACUUGAUCUUACUGAUGCUGUUGAAGGACGUACAGCAGCACGUGAAAUUCCUGAAUCAACUAAAACGAAACCAUUCAAUCUGACUGCACCUAAACCGCGAACUGUGUCAAUACCAAAAAUUAUUCAAAAAAUGGAAAAAUCUCGUUCAGUGCCUAAAACAACGUAUGAAUUAUCUCGUGAUCAAAUUGAAUUAGAUAAAAUUCGUGAAGAUAAUUAUCGUCAAAGUUUACAACGAUUAGAUCAAACACGCUCGUUAACUAAUAAUUUUAUGCAAACAGAAAAAACUGCUAAAACUCAAAGUAAAUUAAAUAAAAUCAUUGAAGAAAAUGAAAAUAAUCUUCAAUUUGAACAUUUUCGUGCUAAUCCACCUCCUAAAACUCAAAUCAAUAAAAUUCCAGUGAAAUUAAAUGUUGCUGCCGUAUUAAAAGAAAGUCAAUUAUAUAAAAAACAAGAAGAUGAUGUUCGUCGACGUUUACUUGAUUAUGAAUCAGGAGGUAAAGAUGCACAUGAAUUUCUUGAAUGGCAACAAACAAAACAAAAACAAGAUUAUGAUGAACAAAUGAAUACUAUUGAACGAAAACGAUUAGAAGGAAAAAUGAGUUACGAAGAAGCUAUACUUGCUCGACAACGUUUAGUUGAUGAAAAUCGACGUUUAGCUGAAGAAUUAAAACGUGAAACACGUGAAAUUGUUGAAAAUCAUGUGAAAGAAAAAGUUAAAGAAGAACAAAGAAUGAAACAAUUAAUUGAUGAUGUUAUUACGGGACGAGAAAAUACAAAAAUAUCACAACAAAAACUUCAACAAUACAAAGCAGAUUUCGUUAAACAAUAUAAAGAAGAAUAUAAACAAUUAAUGAAACAAGCUCUUGAAGAUGCUGAAGCAGAAAUGCGGCAACGUGCUGAAUUAAUUCAACAAAUUCGUGCACUUGAAUCAGUUCCAAUUGAUCGAUAUAAACCAGUUGAUUUAACAUCUGUUGCUGGACACGGUGUACAUGAUGAAAUGUCAAUAGCUGAAUUACGUGAACGUCUUGAAUUGGUUAAACUCGAACGAGAAAAAGAACGUGAAUCACGUCGUGAUCAAAUUGUUAAAGAAAAACAAACUAAAGAACAAAUGAUAACAAAUACGGUACAAAAUAUAGUUAAAUAUCGAAAUGAAUUAAGUACACAAGCAGCAAAAAAAAAACAACGGCAAGUUAGUGCACCAUCAAGAGUCGAGAAAAAUCCUGAAAUUGAACAAUUAAAACAAAAUAUUGAAUUAAGAAGACAUCAACGUUUAUCAAAACAACAAGAAACACGUGAAAAUCUCGCUUCGCUCUCACUUCGAUCAUUACCAUCAUCAGGACAUGCUACAGCAUUUAGAUCAAAUCCUGAAUGGAAUCGUUUUGAUCAAUUAGAAAAAUCAUACAAUAAAACACAAAAACGUCUUGCACCAUCUCUCAUUGCCUAA